CAGUUUCAUUUGAUAUCAUCUGUGUUUGGAGACAAAGUAUUAAUAUACGUGCCUUGGCACAAUGGGUGACCGUGUCACACACUGCACUGUGCUGAGUAAACAUCUCUCUCAUGGGAGCUUGAACAAACAGCAGCACACACUCUACAGUUUCCAUGUUAUACAGCCAGGGGGAAAUGUUGGAGAAGAUCUUGCUCCUGUUCUGUUUGUCGUCUGCGUUGGCAGAAAAUCUCUGCAGACCCGACGCCUCCAAUGGAUACAAAGUUCGACUCAGCAUCAAAAGGGCUCUGGGGGAUGAAGCUUAUGUCUGGAAUCAAGAUGAGAUGUUUCUUUUCCGAGCGACUCUGGCCUUCGCCAUGAGGAACCACUUAAGCGGGCAGGACUUUCAAGUGUCGAACAUCCUCGUGUGUGAUGAAACUCCCAGAGUGUCCUUCUGGUUCAUCGUGACGUCACCGCUCGACGCCACGCGCCCCGUUGGUAAAGAAGAUGUGGAGGAGGCUAUAAGAAAGUCCAGGAGUCGCAUCAACAGCGCCUUUCUGCUCACUGAUCAAACUCUGGAGUUCAUCGGCAUCAUCCCCACCUUGGCAGCACCGGUCAGCCCUGACACCCCUCCAUGGCUCAUCGUGUUCGGGGUGGUCAUGGGCUCUGUGGGUGCUGGCAUCAUCGUUCUGCUGGUGUACCCUGUGGUCCACAAGAGACUCAAAAAGGACGAAGAAGAAGAAGAAUUGGAGGAGGAGGAGGGGGAAGAAGAGACCAGACGAGUGAAGACGAUGGAGAACGGCGCAGCAGGAGACGGCGCUCACAACCUGUCGUUCACAGACGACGAGCGCUUCACACAGAUGUAAAACACUUUAAAAACACUCUUCAUGUGAGUGGUGAGCUGCUCUACGAGGACUUUUAUCAGACUGUUAUACUGAAUCUGCAAAAUAACUUUGAGGUUUUUUAGAUUUCAUGAUUCCUUUCUGAACAUUUCUGUACUAUAAAAACUUUUGAUUUUUUUUUUAAAGCCAGUCUUUUGAUUUUCUAAAUAAAUGUGUUGAGGGGUGAUAAAAUUAAAGCUCUGUGUGAGAGGGAAUGGAAACAUAUAUUCAUGGUUCAGCUCUACAUCUAUAAUUUGCCAUUUGAAAAGGUGACUGUACGUUUAUUCUACCUACGGAAGCCCAAAGCUGUCACACAUUCAUGCAUUUUAUUCCAUCUGAUUUCUUGUGAUAAAGAGUUUUCUCAGGAUCUCGAGCUAUCUCUGCCAUCAUCGACAAAGCCAAGAUAUCAACAUAAUUAAUUAUUAUUAUUAAAGUCAUAAUUAAUCAUUGCUGCAAACAUGACUUGGUGUUGCGAUGUCAGAAGGGCUAUUCUUUUGCUUUGUCUAGUUGAAUUACUUAUGAUGAUGAUUUUAUCUCUGGAAAACAAAGUUUCAACGAUCUCUGAGAAUAUCUCGGAAUAAUAGCAUUUGUUAUUUUUGAGGUAAUAACAUAAAAAACUUGAGAAAACCAAUUAAAUGAAUUCGCUAUCACAAGAAAACAGAAGGAUGCUUAGGGCUUCUGUACAUUUUCUCGAGAUUUCAACAUAUCGAAACUUUGUUUUCUCGUGAUGUCGAGUUAUUUAUGUCGUUAUCUUGAAAUAACAAAUGUUGCUUCGAGAUAACAGGAUAUAUUUUUUUAAGAUCUUGAGAUAAUAAGACUUUGCUUAUUAAUUAAAAUUGGAUCUCAAGAAAACAAAAUUACUGUCUAGUGCAUUAAAUCAUUCAGUGAAGUAUUUCAAUCAGUCGGUCAGGAUCAGGUCAGCACGGUCAUGUAUGAUGGAAAUCUCAGACCUGAGACAUGAGUCAUUAUCUCGACAUCUAAAAUAAUUAAAUAAAUAAAUGUAUGACCGCUUCGGGCCUCUGUACUCCUGCACUUUCAGGUUCAUUCAUGGCAGAAAUGUAAUCUACAUGUAUAUCUGUAUUUUUAUAACAGGGAACAAUCACUGGGCUGCAGACUCGUUGUUUGAUUUUGAUGCGAUCGAAUUAAAACGAGGAUCCUGUUUGUUCUU